CCUGCCUCCUCCUUUCGCGAGAGACGAGGACAGCGGAGAGAACUCUGAAGGCUGAAGUGACGAUACGGCGGAUGCUGUGUAAUGCAACCAUCAAAAAAUGACGAGGAAAGCACGUACGUAAUCCCUCCAGAGAUUCUGGAGCUGUGGUGGUGACGCGUCGGCGACCGUGCACAUAUUAUAUGUCAUGGAUCAGCUCAGGUGGAGUCGAUUUGAAGUUGUCGAUAUGUGCCACGUGGGAGAGGCUAGCAAUGCGAUAAGGCGGAUGGGCACUGCGGUCUAGACAGGAGAGCUGCAGCGAGGAGCACGCAGUGGGCCUAGGGCGGCUAAGGGCGGCCACCUGAGCACGACUGCUGCUGUCGGUCGGUGCCUGAGAAGCAACGGGAAGUCUGAUGGCCCGGCGUGGUCCCGGGUUGUGGAUGCAUCGCCCUGUUCGCCCCCCAGUAACCAUGCGCUUCGCGGACGAGCUGGACGCUCCAGCAUCCGCUUGUCUCCAGACAACCGGUGGAGUGCGGAUGCUCGGUUUUUUUCCCUGGGAGAAAGAUCAAUGACAGAAGAACUGCCACGAGCCCACAGCUGGCCAGAAUUCUGGCUUGCAAAGACUGGCAAGCACUUGGAGGAGGACGCAGUCCAAUAUGAAAUCGCCAUAACUACAUGCUGUGUCCUCUCCGCGCGUAACGAUUUGCUUCCCAGAGAUAUGCAUAAAAUGUUUGCAGGCGGGAAGACCGAGCGAACCGACGCCCGUGGGUCUUACCUAAUUGAGAAUUGCGAGAUUCUUGCCUCCGCCCCCCACCUCUCUGCCAAAUAUCCCUCCCCGCCUCUCAGGCGCUUCCAAAAAGGAGUCUUUUGCAGCUUCGCCUCGCUUGCAAGCUCCACCACGGGGAUCUUUUCCAGCCGGGUUCUAACAGGACAAAGCGAUUCUACACUCAUCGCCCUCCCACUCGUCCUCCACAAUGCACCACCGCCCACCACCUACCGUGCGCCCCUCAAGCUCGCUCUCUUCGUACAUCCCGAAGCAGAGCCGCACCCCCAGUCCCCGCAUGACGCCUUUGUUGCCGUCAGCAGCGAUGAACUACCCCAAAGUCGUCGUACCAGCCAACGAAUCGGCAUCGACGUCGCAGGAGUCCUCGCCGACCUUCUGUGGGAUGCCCCUGAAGUAUCUGUCCCUGUUCGCCCUGGCCAUCCAAAACGCCGCAUUAUCAAUAACGAUGCACUACUCCCGCGUCUCGACGCCGCCGUCGCAGUCCUACUCACCCGAAGCCGCCGUGUUCCUCAAUGAACUCAUCAAGGGCCUGAUCUCGUUUUGCAUCGGGCUGGCUGUCCUGCCCCAAGUCGCAGAACGUCCCUGGCGCCGCAUGACGUUCUCCGCCGUCGUGCGCGAGCUCCCGUGGCCGUGGACUGCACCGUUUUGGCAGCUAUGGGGCGAGAUUCUCAGCCCUGACUCAUGGAAAUUGCUCAUCCCCGCGGUCCUCUACGUCGCGCAAAACCUGCUCCAAUUCGUCGCUAUCAGUAACCUCCCCGUUGCGACGUUCCAAGUUACGUACCAGAUGAAGAUUCUCACGACUGCGGCGUUCUCCGUCGCGCUGCUCCGGCGCACGCUGAGCCCGACGAAGUGGCUCUCGCUGUUUUUCCUCGCUUUCGGUGUUGGAAUCGUGCAGAUCCAGACUGCGACGUCCGGCCAUGUCACUCCGAAAAACGGGCCCGUCGGGAGCGCCCACGAUUCGGCGCCGUUGCACAUCCAUAUCAUGAGUCCGCUGAAGGGCUUCGCUGCCGUCACGGUCGCAUGUGUGACGUCGGGGUUGGCCGGGGUGUACUUCGAGAUGGUGCUGAAGAACUCGCGGUCGACCUUGUGGGUGCGGAACGUGCAGUUGUCACUGGCGUCGCUUCCGUUCGCGUUCUUCAUGCUCCUGUACAAGACGCCCUGGAGCUUCGGAUUCAUGCACGGGGCGUUCCGGAACUUCGGGGGCUGGGCCUGGGCGACGGUCUCGGUGCAGGUCGCGGGCGGGCUGGUCACUGCGGUGGUGAUCAAGUACUCGGACAACAUCAUGAAGGGAUUCGCGACGUCGCUGUCGAUCGUGUUCUCCUUCCUCGCGUCGGUCGUGCUGUUCGACUUCAGAAUCACGCCCUCGUUCGUUAUCGGCGCGUCGACGGUGCUGUGUGCGACGUGGAUGUACAACCAGCCGCCAGGCAAAGAGCCGCUGGCCAUCGUCACGUUGACGGGCGGCAGCAUUUCCGAUGUCACGACCAAGAUCUCGGGCAAGUCGACGCCCUUCCCGGGCACCCCGAUCGACGACCGGGACCCUAUCAUCGGGCAGUUCCCGUCUGAGAAGAAGAAACUAUUCGGGCGGGCCAGCAUGUCCGAUCUACUGGGCCGCAGCAGCACGACCGACCUGCGGAACUCGUUGACUGUCAACAACGGGAGCCUAAAUCCUUCGCCGUGGGGAUCGAUGGAGGAUAUCCAUCGGUACCGCAGCUCGCCGUACGGGUCGCCGUACCCGUCGCGGUCGGUGUCGCCUGUGCCGCCGCCGCCAAGGAGGACGGAGGGCAGCCCGCGGGUGUCGCUGACGGUCUCUGAAGACGGAGAGGGCAACGAAAGCAGCGCCAGCAGCAGUGCAUGAUGGCAUUGGCGUUUGUUGUUGCUGUGUCUUUACGGGCGUUCCCUGAACUUUUUUCCUUUCCAUCUUCGUGUUUAUUCUUCAUUUCAUCCAGACAGACAGACAGACAAACAUACCCAUGCAUAGACCGCUUGACGAUGACACUUUAACUUAUCACGAUAUUGCCACGACCCCCGACUACCGUCCACCUCCCGGCCCCCCUCCCGGCCCCCGCCUCCUCCGUUCUUGCGCGCACGCUACUGCUGCUGCUUGCUCACUUACACGACUUACUACCAUCAUCUUAGAUUACUACACACCACGAUUUUUUGGGUUGGUUCGCAGUUCAGAUACGUAGCCCCCCCUGCCCCAGUGUAAUUUACGUUUGGAUGAGAGAAUUGAGGGAUUUUUGGUUUGUG